UUGGUGAUUUUCGUAAGCUCGCUAGGAGUGAGACGGUGCGAGCUUCGCCCCUCCGCCGGGCGCCCAUUCAGCUGCGAGUAGUCGGUCGCCGGCCACAGCGACGCACGCGCGCGUCACCUCGCCACUCCACUCUCUGGAUACUACUCCAAUUUUGACAUGACCGGUUCUGAACACGAACGCGAACGAUCGACCUGUGUCCACACAGUGUUUGCUCACUAGUGAUUUCUCUAAUUGGUGCUUUUGAGUGAGUGUCGCCGGGAAUGUACGAGAAGCCGGCCUGGACAACUUUACAAUGGCCCAAAUUGCAUUAAAUGGGUAAUUGGUGUGCUGUUAUAAAACAGAAAACAAUGAACAGUGAUAGAAUAAGAAUGAACUUUUUCCCCGUCACGUGACAAUAGUAUCAUCGCCAAAAUGAAAAAUAGCGAGGAGUGUUUAGACUGAUUAUAAAAACUGACAAAGGAAACAGUGUGAUAUUUAUUGAUCUUAUUUAAAGUUUAAGUAAAUAGUGUAAAAAAGUUGUAAAUAUAAGUAAAGUGAAAAAAACUAUAUAAAAUAUCAGCCUGCUGGCGGGUUGUGAUUCGGACUUCAAGAGCCCGUAACAGACAACUCAUCAAGGCGACGGCGGCCAUCGCAGGCAUGGGAAUCAAAGUCAUGAUGAAAGCUUUCAAUAAGCCAAAAGACAUCCCGUCGCAGGUGCCGCCGCUGACGCCCGGCACCAACAAGAAGAUGGCCGAGGCGCUGAAGGCUACCUUCGCCUCCUGGGAGAAGGAGCAACUGCGCCUCGGCGUACCCAAAGAUCCUCGUCAAUGGAACGAGGCGGCGGUGGCGGCGUGGCUGCGCUGGGCCGCGCGCGAGUUCUCGCUGGAGGGCGUGGCGCUGCAGCAGUUUGCGCGCACGCAAGGCAAGGACAUCUGCGCCAUGGGGCGCGAGGAGUUCGUCGCGCGCGCACCCGCCUUCAUGGGCGACAUACUGUGGGAGCACCUCGAGAUACUGCAGAAAGAUGUGGAGAAGGAGCGCUCUCUGCUGGCCAACGUGCCGCCGAACAUGUACGAGAGCAACGUGUGCCUGCCCGAGCUGCCCGAGUACAACAUACCGCCGCCUGCGCACCACUACAAUAACAACAAUAAUACUGGUGGCUACACGACCGGCGGACCUCGCGAGACGAACGCCUACGGCUACUCAGAAGCGAGCGGCGGCGGUGCUCCGGCGCCGACGGCAGCCUCCCCCCUCGACGAGUACUACCCGCCGGAGUACCCGCCCGGCCCCCCCGCGCCGCCCGCGCAGCCCUACAUCGACGAGUACUACCACCACGCGCAUGCGCACUCGCAACCCCUGCUCACACACGAGCCUAAGUACCAGCCUCACGCCUACACCAAGCCUUAUCCGAGAGGCGGAGGCGGCCGGUACGGAGGCGAGGGUUACGGCGAAAGCUACGGGCAGGAAUAUGGUGGCGCUUGCGCAGAGUGGAACGAGUGGCCAGCUGACCAGCACGCGCUCAUCCCGCAGGACAAGCUCGCAUACCCAGCCACUGGUCCCUGCUUCACCGGAUCAGGGCCGAUACAACUGUGGCAGUUCUUGCUGGAGCUGCUGACCGACAAGAGCUGCCAGGGCUUUAUCUCGUGGACUGGCGACGGAUGGGAGUUCAAACUCACUGACCCUGAUGAGGUGGCUAGACGCUGGGGCAUCCGCAAGAACAAGCCGAAGAUGAACUACGAGAAGUUGUCCCGCGGUCUCCGCUACUACUAUGACAAGAACAUCAUCCACAAGACGGCUGGCAAGCGCUACGUGUACCGCUUCGUGUGCGACCUGCAGAGCUUGUUAGGUAUAUCGCCUGAGCAACUGCACGCAAUGUACGAACCCAAAAUGGAGAAGAAAGACGAGGACUGAGCCAGCCCUGCGCACGCGCCGCCUGCCCCUCCACAUCGCUCCCCUUCGCAGAACACCUCCAACCCAACGUACUAUUAGCUACACAUCUAUAGCAGCCUACAAACGGUCACGUACGACGUAUCUCGUACGAAAUGACUCAAGAGAGAUCUGGUGUCCCUACCCCAGACUUACCUAAGUGUUUUUCAAAAGCUAAUCGCUAACAGUAGGCCCAGUGCCUAUAACAAUCAUUAAGAUUAUAUAUUCAUUUUUAGAAUUUCAUAAUAUUAAAAUGGAUUUGAUCUCAUACGCAGCCACCAGUGGAACUAAUAUUAACCAACUAAUGAAGGCUAAUACCGAAAGGUCCUAUUUUAUUGUUCACCCUAUAUUUUACAUUCAUACACUAUGUACCCACGUAACCAAUGGUGCCUUAUUGAAAACUUGUUGUUUCAUUUUGGGUUCGCAAAUAUUCGUUUUGAUUGUAUUGGACGCACGUAGCACGCAGUUUGUACUCAGUGCAGUAUUACGGAGCACCACUUUAUAUUAUUGUCUUCUAUAUCAAGUCAAUGUGAUAGGCGUCUACAAACUUUGCGAUAAAUCAAUUUAUUUAAAUUCCUACAACACAGGAACACAAUUCAGCGAGAUAAUCAAAACUUAGUGCUAAAAUAGUAAAAUUUUACUAUAAUUUUAAUGAUAACUGUAAAUAUAAGUUAAUUUUGUUACUUUAUAAAAUAAUUAGGUAUUAUAUUAUAGUAGUUGUUAAGUGUUGUAUGUUUAAUUCGCAAAUUGUUGCAAUAUGCGAUUAAAAUAAUGAGUAGUCAGAAUGAGGACGGACAUAAAACGAUUUUUGUAUUCAGAGAUUUUAGUCCAAAGAUUAUUAAACCUAAAUUCCCACCAAUUUGGUAAAGAUAUGACAAAAUUACCAAAGGGACUUCUCAUAUGUCUUGUUUGAAGUGAUUAUGAUGAUUUAACUUGUUUUAAUAAACCAGUGUUUUCCAAAAGUGACAUCAUUACAAUUCAUGCAAUACACUACUUAUACAUGAAGCUCCACUGUACACUGUACGUAAUAAUCUUGAGUAUCCAAUAUAACGUGAACGCUGCAACACCGGGUGACGUCAACUUGUCGCUGAUCUCGUGGUAAGGGAUUGUCUUACUAGUUAUGAAAUUAAAUUAGUUGUAUUAUUUUCAAUUUUUAUAGCUCCUAGCGUACACCGAAGAUAUGUCGAUAAGUUUUAUUUUGUAAAAUAUCUCUCCUCCAUCAAUAUGAUACUUGAUUUUCGUUUCGUGCAAUGUGGUUGGUAGGUUAGAUUUGUGAACCUUUUCUCUUGGUACUUUCACACGGUGCUGUUCGCUCGAUUUUUUAAUAUAACAGAAUUGUAAAACGAUGUCUUCCCCGUAUUAACAAAUUGAUAGGUCUGACUCCGAUUCACAUAGGUACUCUUUUACUGUUGACGAUAUAAUAAAGCCCACUAUUGAAUGUAUUGUACUUUGCUCCCGUUUUAUGUGCUAAUAGAUAUCUUUACACGUUUACUUGUAAGCGAAGCCAUUGUAAGUGAGACCUAUAGUAGUUACGGCCAAAUUUUUGAAUGUAUAAGUGUCGUUGUAUGUAUUGAUGGAAGAUAUAAAAUUAAAUAUAUAUAUUUACGAAAUUAUAAA